UCCAGGCCCGACUUUUACACCCAACCCGACAUCUACACCCAAUUUCGUCGACGUCCAGAGCACAGAGUUUCUCGUUUGCCCGUUCCCAUUUCCUCUGCAACCUUUGCUGAGUCCGUUCUGUGGCGGGUUCUGUCCGAGCCGGCGAGCCCUAACUCCCAACUCCCAGCUGAAGUAGAACCGGAAAUCUCCAGAGAUCGAAGGUGCCAUAGUUAGAAUUUUCCUCACGCGGGCAUCGAUUUCCUCAACUCUUUCAACCAUCUUCGGAGGAUAUAUUGGUUAUGAACUGCAUCGAUGGAUAGGUUUCCCUUACAUUCCGGCGUAGAUCCAACUUCUUUUCCUCCUUGAGCCUACUCGGAGCCGGAUUCCCUUGCUCCUCGGCCAAGAGUUUUGCAGCUUUCCCUAUGAAAUGACGACAUCACAUCAUGUUGAGCUGGACGCAGCCAAGCUUCUUCAGAAACUUAUCCAAGAUUCAAAGGAUGAGCCUGCUAAAUUGGCAACAAAGCUUUUUGUGAUAUGCCAGCAUAUGAAAUUAAGUGGAAAGGAGCAUUCGUUGCCAUAUCAAGUCAUAUCAAGGGCCAUGGAAAAAGUUAUAAAUCAGCAUGGGCUUGAUAUGAAUGUUCUAAGUUCAUCUCGUCUUCCAUUGACUUCUGGGCCUCAAGAAGUUGAUGCGGGGCAUGGAACAAAGGGUAAGGACGCACUAGAUAACCAAUUGCCUACUAGUCGAAGUGAUUUGUCUCAUGGAGGUAUUUCUUCUGGAGCAUGGCAUGGAGCUUCAAGUAGUCAGACAAAAGAAGAAGCUUAUAAUGGUCCUUUCCAGAAUUUUGGGGUGCUGCAGCCAUCCAAAGUAGGUCCAGGUGGGUUAGAUAUGGCCAGACAUGAGUUGAUUUAUCCAAGUAAACCACUGGUAGGGCUUGGUAGGGUUGACAGUAUGCCAGUUGAUGCUCAUCAGGGCUCUUUUUCUCACAGAAGUGGUAAGUCAUCUGAGCAGGAAAGUCCUGCUAGUGUUCCAAUGGAUGACACAAGAUCUGCUAAUUCACAGGAAAUUCAUGAUUCCAUAAAAUCAGAUAACAAAGCAAACAAGAAAAAUAUUAAAAAAUCUGGUAAUAAGCGAAAAAGAGCUGAUUCCAAGGCAGCAUCUGAUGCACAUUCAGAGAACCCUCAGCAGUCUGAUAAUAUUAGUACCGGAUCCAACUCUAGGAAGGGUAAGCAAGUUAGUAAAGGUGGGUUACAAGGCCAACUUUCUGGAAAAUAUGAUGACCAUGCACAAGUAAAUCCUGUUCAACAUGCUGUCGGUGCUGCAUCCCUCAUCAGAGCUAAACAAGAAAGUGGUCAUUCUUUUUCUGAAAGGAUUAUGGAUGAUGUAAAGACCUCAAAUCCUUUUUUGGUUUCACCAAAAAAUCAUGACGAUGGGGAGGUGUCUUCUGUUCAGAGUGCUGGACUUCAGAAAGGUAAAAUGCUACCUAGAAGUAACAUCUUGGGAUCUGCUCCUGUGUGGAGUCAGAACCGGUUUGCUUCAUCACAAGUUUCUCAAGGCUCCAAUGUUGGGAUUAUGGAGCCAUCUUCUGAUAUGAACAAUGCCUCUCCAUACCAUGUUAAUGAGGUAAAGGGCCUUACACUAGGGUCAAAUGAUAGCUCAAAGCUUAUGAGUUUACCUUCAAAUCUUGCUCAUGCUAGUGGGAAAGUCUUUGGAACUGCAAGUGCCUUCAGCUCUUUUGCAAUGGCAAAGAUGGGCUUUCCCUUUCCAGCUCAUCAGAGUAGUUCUCCUUUUGAGAAUCAAUACACAACUUCCAAAUUGCAAAAUGAAAAUUAUUUGGGUUCAUACUCUGGUUCUCAAUUAUUGGAGAAGGGAGGAGAUGCAAAUUCUAUUAAUGUCAGUGCUGGGUCUCCUGGUUCAGCCAAGCCUACUUCUGAUGGAAUACCUCACAUUCCUCAAAAAUUUUCAGAAGCUCCAACUAAUUCAUCCUUGCACGCGUCUGAAGCAUCAGCAGGGAUUGCUGCUUCUGGAAAAUCCUUAUUGCAGGAAAAGAGAGGCGGCCUACAAAUAGGAGCAAGUUCUUACACUAAUCCAAUGGUCAGUGGAGUUCAAGAUAGGCACUACCUAGAUUAUGUUUCUUUGGAAAGAAAUCGUGAUGCAUUUUCUAAGCUGAAGACAGGGUCCAACGCGUACGCUGAGCCUUUUAGUAAUGUGCAGACAAUUGCAUCAAGAAAUGCAACAUCUACUUCUACAAACACACCUUUUAACGAUCAGCAACUGAGGCAGCUUAGAGCGCAGUGCCUGGUGUUCCUAGCAUUCAGAAAUAAUUUGUUGCCUAGAAAGUUGCAUCUAGAAAUCGCACUAGGAGUAAACAACACACAAGAAGGGGGUGGUGCUGAAGGAGCUCCUAGAGUUUUGAAUGAUUGCAGAGGAACUGAUACAUCUGCAAGAGAGUCUGUUGACAAUCAUGAAAGAUCUGGUAUGUUUGGUAGGGCAAAUGAUAUUACUAAGGGAUCAACAACUUCAUCUGGUGGAAAUAUUAUGGAUAGAGAUUCAUCAUUGAAUGCCAUGGAGAGUGUGAAGAUGAACAGGAAAAAUAUAGACAUGCCCAUUGCAUAUGAAGAAAAUAAACAUUUUUCUGCUUUUAAGCAAAGAAUGGAUAAUGAAGCAAGGGCAUCAGAAAUGGCAGAAUCAUAUAUAGCAUCAAACAAGCAGCAGUCUGAUUCCUUUGGACAUUCUGGAAGAAGUAUUCACGAUAGCCAUCUUGGAAGGGGUGCUACUGAGCUUUCUAACCUACAAGGAGUGCAUACAAAUCAGGUCCCAUCUGUUGUUUGUGUAGACAAGCCUCCCGGUGUAGAGAAAACUGAUAUGCUGAGGACCAAAAAUAGUCUUGAGUUCUUUAAAGAAUCAAUAGUUUCCAUGGUACAUCGAGAUUCCACACUUGAAGAAACAGAAAAUUGUUCAGGCCACUCUCAAAUCAUGAAUGACAGUGAUUACACAAGCAGAUCACAUAGGCCAGGCUCUCCAUUGUUGGAAGCCACCAAGUCUUCAGAUUGGCACCUUUCUUUGCCGUCAAGGGAGUUUAUGAUGCCAAGUGUUGCAAAAAACAGUGAUAACUCGAAGCAUGCGAUCAACCCUUCAAAAGAUGUCAACAUGUUCUUUCCCCAUGAGGUUCUGAACAAUAGGAUUCAAACUACUACUGAAUUUGCAGCAUCUUAUCACCCAGAUGAUACUGCUGAAGGUAGUGAUGGGAUGGACAAUCAGAGAGUCUCUGUAAACCAAAAGCUUGAUAUUCAUGGUCAGUCCACUUCUGAUGGGCUCAAGAUUUUUACAAACGAUGAUAUACUGAAGUACAGCAAUACAGCUUCUGUGGAGUAUGACGAAGAAGAGGAGGGAUAUGAAUCAUUAUCCAAUGAUGUUCCUACUUCUCCCCCAAAAUACACAACCUUCGACAAGUGGAUGACGGACUAUCAAAAAAGGAAACUUGCUGAAGAACAAAAAUGGUUCUUGAAACAAAAGCAGGCUGAUGAAAGGAUCACGACAUGCUUUGCCAAGUUAAAAGAAAAUGUAAAUUCGUCUGAAGAUAUAUCUGCCAAGACAAAAAGUGUCAUUGAGUUAAAAAAACUCCAGCUUCUUAAACUUCAGCGGCGGUUGCGGAGCAGCGAAUUUCUUGAUGAUUUUUUCAAACCUAUUGCAUCCGAUAUGGAUCGUUUGAAAUCAAUCAAAAAACAUAGACAUGGUAGACGAGUGAAGCAACUUGAGAAAUUUGAACAGAAGAUGAAGGAAGAAAGGCUGAAGCGUAUUCGGGAGAGACAAAAAGAGUUCUUUGCUGAAAUUGAAGCUCAUAGGGAAAAGCUGGAGGAUUAUUUUAAGGUCAAGCGGGAGCGAUGGAAAGGUUUUAAUAAAUAUGUAAAGGAGUUCCACAAGAGAAAGGAGCGUAUAUAUCGUGAAAAGAUUGACAGAAUCCAGCGUGAAAAGAUCAAUCUUUUGAAAAACAAUGACGUGGAGGGAUAUUUAAGAAUGGUUCAGGAUGCUAAGUCUGAUCGUGUUAGGCAACUCCUUAAAGAGACUGAAAAAUAUCUUCAGAAGUUGGGCUCAAGGUUAAAGGAGGCCAAGGGUAUGUCUAGAAGGUUUGAAAUGGAAGUGGAGGAUUGCCGGCCAGCUGAUGUGGAUGAGAAGGAGAUUGCUGCAAUUGAUAAUGAGGAUGAAAGUGAUCAAGCUCAGCAUUACCUGGAAAGCAAUGAGAAGUACUACAUGUUGGCCCACAGCAUAAAAGAGAGCAUAAAUGAGCAACCGUCUUCUCUUGUAGGUGGAAAGUUGCGUGAGUACCAGAUGAAUGGUUUGCGAUGGUUAGUUUCAUUGUAUAAUAAUCAUUUGAAUGGUAUUCUUGCUGAUGAGAUGGGUCUUGGCAAAACUGUUCAAGUUAUUGCUUUAAUAUGCUACCUUAUGGAGAAGAAAAAUGAUAGAGGUCCAUUUUUGGUGGUUGUGCCAUCUUCAGUUCUUCCUGGAUGGGCAUCUGAAAUUUGUAAUUGGGCCCCUAGUAUAAAUGCCAUUUCUUAUUCUGGUUCUCCUGAGGAGAGACGCAAACUAUACAAGGAAAGGAUUGUUCAUCGAAAAUUCAAUGUUCUUCUCACUACGUAUGAGUACUUAAUGAAUAAGCAUGAUAAGCCGAAGCUAAGUAAAGUUCAAUGGCAUUAUAUUAUUAUCGAUGAAGGUCAUAGAAUAAAGAAUGCAUCUUGCAAACUCAAUGCUGAUUUGAAGCAUUAUUCAAGCACCCAUCGACUGCUUUUAACUGGAACGCCUCUUCAAAACAAUUUGGAUGAAUUAUGGGCCCUCCUGAAUUUCUUGUUGCCAAAUAUUUUCAAUUCAUCUGAGGAUUUCUCUCAGUGGUUUAAUAAACCAUUUGAGGGCAAUGUAGAUGCCUCACCUGAUGAGGCAUUACUUACUGAGGAAGAGAAUCUUUUGAUUAUAAACCGUCUUCAUCAAGUUCUCAGACCUUUUGUUCUUCGAAGGCUAAAGCACAAGGUUGAGAAUGAGUUGCCAGAAAAAAUUGAGAGACUUAUACGAUGCGAGGCUUCGGCAUAUCAAAAGCUUCUAAUGAAGAGGGUGGAAGAAAAUCUUGGUUCAAUAGGGAAUGCAAAGGGUCGCUCGGUGCACAACACUGUCAUGGAGAUGCGUAAUAUAUGCAAUCAUCCUUAUCUCAGUCAAAUUAAUUCUGAGGAGAUUGAUGCUUUAUUACCCAAACAUUAUCUUCCCCCUGUUGUGAGACUUUGUGGUAAGAUGGAAAUGUUGGACCGUUUGCUGCCCAAGCUGAAGGCAACUGAUCAUAGGGUUCUCUUCUUCUCAACAAUGACCAGAUUGCUUGAUGUUAUGGAAGAGUACUUGUCUUGGAAACGCUAUAAGUACCUUCGUUUGGAUGGGCACACUUCAGGAAAUGAUCGUGGAGCCCUAAUUGAUGAGUUUAACCGUCCUGGCUCAGAAACUUUCAUAUUUCUUCUUAGCAUUCGAGCUGGUGGUGUUGGUGUCAAUCUCCAAGCUGCUGAUACUGUCAUAAUUUUUGAUACUGAUUGGAAUCCUCAGGUCGACUUACAAGCACAGGCCAGAGCACACAGGAUUGGACAAAAGAGAGAUGUACUUGUUCUACGUUUUGAGACGGUGCGUACGGUUGAAGAACAUGUUAGAGCUUCAGCUGAACACAAAUUGGGAGUUGCUAAUCAGAGCAUAACUGCAGGAUUUUUUGACAACAACACAAGUGCUGAAGAUAGAAGAGAAUAUUUGGAGUCCCUCCUCAGGGAGUGCAAGAAAGAAGAAGCAGCACUUGUUUUAGAUGACGAUUCUCUCAACGAUCUUUUAGCUCGCAGUGAAUCCGAGAUUGAUGUUUUUGAAUCUAUUGACAAGAAAAGACGUGAAGAAGAGAUGGCAGCAUGGAUUAAUUUGGUUCAGGGAAAUAAAAUAGAUGCAUCGAAGCCGUUAUCAAUGCCUUCACGUCUUGUUACGGAAGAUGACUUGAAACCAUUCUAUGAAGCGAUGAGGAUUUAUGAUACUUCCAUUGUAAAUAAUGUACCCAUCAUUACAAAAAGAAAAGGUCAGAAUCUUGGAGGCCUUGAUACUGAGCAAUAUGGGAGGGGCAAACGUGCUCGUGAGAUUCGAUCUUAUGAGGAUCAGAUGACCGAAGAAGAAUUUGAGAAAAUGUGUCAAGUUGACUCCCCUGAAUCAGCUGCUCCUGCUGAUCAAUCUCAAGGUUUAUAUAUGGCAAAGAUCUACAACCCACCUAACUUGAUUGAUGUUGUGCUUGCAUCACCACAAGCAAAGGAUUCCUCGACACAACCAAAUGAAUCUUUGCAACCCAGCAAGGAACCGCAGGUGAAACGGGGAAGAGGCAGACCAAGGAGAUCAUCUUUACAUAUGACAACUUCUGUAUCAGUGCCACCUGCCCCAUUUCCUAUAACUAAUAAAGGGGAGAUGGAACCUCAUAAAGAGCCUUCUGCUGUUUCUGCAGGUUCUGGUCCACAGUCUGCUGCAGUUAACAACGUUAUUGCAAACACUACACCACAGUUGGGCGUAACUGCCUUGCACUUCUACCCAUCUCCUAGCUGUAGCCCAAUCCCUAAAGCAAGGGGAAGGCCAAGUAAUGGCGGAGAGACAUCUAGAGGGCGUGGCAGAAAGCAAAAAUAUUUUUUAUCUGCUGUUGGUGCUCAGCUAAAUGCAUAUACUGUAAUUCAGGCUGGAGUUGAUGCGACAAUGAGUAAGCCUGAUGCUAAUGUUGUAGCUGAAGGGAAUGCUACCAUGAAUGUGGCAGUGGGUGUUCCUAAUUUUGCUUCUAUUGAUUACAAAACUGGUCAAAUUCCAGGAUCUUCAACUGUUGUUGAUGCACCUGCUUUUAAAGCCUCCAGUUCUCGAUUGCCUGAAAUACUCGAUAACACAAUGUCUGUUAUUGUGGAGAAAGAUAUUGGAGAUGUAACUACUGUAUCUGAGACUGAAUCAGCUUCUAUUGGCACUAAAUUACCGGUAACCCCGGAUCAGGUCAGUGUCCUGCAGCCAAAGAAUCCUGAUGGUGUGAAAACUGACUCAGAUUAUUCAACUGCAAAGCAAACCUUUGGCUCAUCUACACCUGACGCAUUUAGUCCAAAGCAAGGGCAAGCUGAGAAAACAGUUGAUAGCUUACAAGAGAGAACCCAAAAAACGGAACAAAAUAUUGAAAGCUCAUUAAAUGACAAGCACACAGAAGUUGGGAUAAAUGAUGUGAAUUCCAUUCAAAUGUUAGAUAAGACUCCACCUGAUCUUCAUGCUAAAUCAAGUGAGAUGCUAAAACCAGCUGAUGAGAAUAGAAGUGACAUAUGUACUCAGAUGAAUCAAGAGACAACGCCUAGUGUAGAUGUUGAAGCCUUUAAUAAGUUGAAAUCAGUUGAUAAAUCCCUUCUAAGAAAUUCAAAAUCAACUUCUGGUAAUAGCUUAUUGGCAAGCCAUAGUAGUUCAGUUGGUGAUAAAGCACCAGGCGAUGAAUCUCAAAGUUCAGUAUCUAUUGAAGCUAUCAAAUUUCAGGACAAUGCUAGCAUCACAGGAACUCCAAUGUUAUCGUCCACAAGCAUGAAUCAUGAAAACUUGGCAGAUCCGAUCCCAUCUUGCCAAGUACAGGACUCCCCAGUUUUAGAUUAUAGAGCAGAUCGUGUGGUAAUCCAUAGAGAUUCUGAAAAUAGAGCUUCAGUAACAAGAAAAAAGGCAGCUGCUCGUGAAACAAGAAGCAGAUGCAACUCGUCAACAGCAGCUUGUGAACGACGUGCCCGACAAGCAGGAUUGAAGCUUGCAGAUGGUUCUAAGAAGGCAGAGAGCAGAGGAAGAACUGGUAAGGCAACUACCAUGAAAACAAAACAGGAGAGUGGAAACAUAGAAGCUGGGCCUGGUACAUCCAGGUUUAAAACUGCUCAGGGUCCUGGUAUUUCCUUCCAACAAAUAGAAACUUCAUUGGAGAAGUUAGAUCCAACAAAGCAAGGUAAUAGGCAGAUAAUGUCGUCUGAAAAAGCUGUCACUUCAGCUUCAAGGAAUUUUGAACAAACUGUGACAAAAGAAAUCAAACUUGACCAAGGUGUUACUGGUGUUUCUGCUUUUGAUCCAAAUAAAACAUUGUCUGUGACGUCAAAGGGUAAUGUUGAAACCAAUACUACAUCUUCAAGCAAUAUGGAAGGUGGGCUUGUUCUGGGUCUUCCAUCUUUGAGAGAGUUUCCAUUACCAAAAAUCAACCCAUUGGAGGGAAAGUCAAAUAUGGUUCUUCCUGCUAAUGCAACUAUUAAGCUAACUGACAAUUUCAAAAAUACUGAGAUUGAUCAGUUACUAGAAGAGCCCGUGACAUCUAGCGUGACAUGUAUAAGACCCGAAGGUUUUUCUGAGGCAGAAGUCAAGCAGCUGACUUCAGUAAGUAAAUCUUCAGCCCCAGAUAGAAAUACUGUGCCUGAGAUUCUUGAAGCAAAAAUUACAGGCCGAUCUUUAGUGAAAAGUGAUGCACAGAACUCUAAAACACACCCAGCAGAUUUGAAUCCAACUAACCAGGAGAAAUCUGGUUCCCAGAGUUGUACUAAAGAAGAUUGUUCUGUGACCUCUGUUCUGGAAGUCGACAAACCUGUUGUGGAAUUGGAAUCUUCUCAUCUAGAAAAAAGGGUUAUCGAUGAUUCCAAUGCAGAUAAUUUAAAAUCGCAGUCUGUGAUAAUACCGCCAUCUUCUUGUUCAGUUACCUGUGAUGAAAAUGAAGGAAAAGUCUCUGUUUCUGUGGAAAAUGAGAAAGAUAACAGUAGCACCUCAUCUGAUCUUGUCAAAGUGAUGUCCUUGGAAAAUAAUCCAGAAAUUUCACAGAAGCACCCUCCGUCAACUGCUCUUCCAGAUUCUAGUCUUAUAGGAUCAAAAAAGUUUGCAGUGCAGGAACAUAAUGCAUCAACUAUUAUGCUAACAAUCUCAUCUGAGUUAAUUGAACAUGAAGCACAGCAGGAAGCUGUGGCUGCUUCUCCUGUCUUUGGUGCGAAUGAAUCAAUCGAUCCUGCUCUUGAGGAGCAGCAUUUAUCAGCUAUUUCUCAAACAGAUUUGAAAUUAUCUGAACUUGUUGAGCAUGCAGCAAGGGAGCAGGAUUCAUCAACAAAUGUUCAACAAGUCUUAGGCGCUUCUGCAUCAGUUGAGCAUACAACCGACAAUGCUACUGAUUCUUUAAAUGGUUUGGGUUUUACUGAAUCAGUUGGCCAUGCAACAGAGAAGAUCAAAGCAUCGGUGGCCUAUAAACCUCUCUCUGGUGUUUGUGUAUCAAUGGAGCUUCAUAGUGAUGACCAUACAUCAGCAUUUUCUAUAUCAGGUUCAGACAAUGGACAUGGAUUAACUAAUGCUUUGCCUCUCUUAGAUGUUUCCAAAUCCAUUGAGCAUUCUCCUGCAGAACACAGUACAACUGCUGUUUGUUGUUCAGUGGGGCAUGAACCACCAGAGAUAGAAAACAGAAUGCUUACUGAUAAUGAUGGGGAUAAUGGUAGUCGAGGGUUAUCUUCGGCUUGCACUCUUUCAAAUAUUCCUAAGGAAAGUAUUGAUGAUAUGGAAUGCGCUCCAGGUCAAUCUCUUGAUGCCCUUCCUCCUGAAGCUACGCAUGUUCAUGAUAAGAAUAUUCAGUUUAAUCAGCAAGUAGAUAUACAUGUUGAGAACUGCCAUGAAGAAAAUGUUGGUGAAGCUCCUGUAAUUUCCAAAAUAGAAGGGAGCAAAAUGCAUUUGAACACUGAUAACAUCAGGAAUGGAGCUUCUGCUUACAUAGAAGAAACAGAUGUGUUGAAAAAGGUUGAUGGUAUUGUACUUGCCCUGCCCACUGAAUCUGAACCCCUGCAAGUACACCCUGAUACUGCAGAGAUUAAACCAGUGAAAGCUACUACAGCAUUGGAUAUGAAAGCAAGGAGCAGUAGUGGUGAUAAAAAAAUAACGGAAGCUGCUAGAGAAGAUAAGGCUAUUGAAAAUCAUACCGUUGAAGUUGAUCAGUCAGGAAUUCAAGCUUUAUCGUUGCAUGCUUAUGACCAUGCUGUUAAGCAUUUUGAAGAGACAGGGACUACCCAGUCAUCAAACGUAAAUGAAAUGGCUGUAUCUGGCGAGGAUCCUAGUACUGGUAAAGCUAGUGAAGGUUCCCAUUUAGUUUUAGAAAGCCCAUCAGCUUCUGCUGCUUUGGUGCAGCAGGAUUCAGCUCUUCGUAGUGAUGCUUCUUGUUCCUCGCCCUUGAGAGAAACCAAGCAAAAUACUAAGGUUUCUAACAGUCCUGAGAAUUCGGAUUCGACUGAAAUCAAGCCAGAGGUUCAGAAGGUUGAUGAUGUUGGGAGAUUUAGUUCAGCUGAAAUUAAAACAGAUAGUAACAAGGAUCAUACAAGUAACGAGUUUGAUGAGGAUCCUGGUUGCAGGAGCCUAUAAAAUAGAACUUUCCCCUGAUUAUUGGAUAGCAGGAGUCUGUAUAUUUCAUCAUUAUCACUGAAAUCAGUUUUAGUUAUUUAAACAUAUGGGCUCAGCUUAGCUUAAAAGAAACUAUGGACUGAGAUAAUUAUAUGAUCAUCUGUAUGAUAUACAGGAAUCCUUUAGAGCUUCAAUUGCUGUAAAUUAAGACUUCGUUUGGGACAGUUUUUUUCCUGCUUCUUAAAACAAUUUUUUAAUACACUAAAAAGCUGUUUAGGGAAGAAGUGAAAAAGUCGUCUCAAACGAAGCCUAAAAGUUGAGUCUGAUGCCCACAGAAAAGUAGCAGCAGCCAAGCAUUUUACGAGAGAUUUGAAUAUAUAACGAGUAUGUACUGCUAUGUAAAUAAAUGUGGUAUUUAGUGAAUUGAGCUAAAUGGUAAUCCUAAUCAGUUUUAUUCGAUUAUCAGCGAGAGGGUCUGGUCAUCCUUUUCUUGUUUGAUUAUGUUAACGCCAACUCUCUUUAUUAUGGGUCAUGAUA